CAAAAAUCUCAGCCGCGGAGCCGAAAGUCGCGUCGUCGCGAAAAGUUUUGUAGUCUCAGACUUGUUUUCUGUUGUGAAAAUUAUGUUUUACUAGUGAAUUUAGGAUUCAAAUGCAGAUAUGGCAGGUUUAACAGAUGUCGAUAGCCCGUUUGUUAAAACGGAAAAUGCAUGUAAAAUAUGCGGCUCGUCUGAGGGGGACAUGGAAUCGAUCUUUUGCAACGCAGACGAUACCCGGAUGUUGAACAAAAUCUACAAAUGCACCAAAGUAGAGGUCACUCCAGUCUGUGGUCUAAUAUCUCCCAUUUGUGAGUCCUGCCGUAAACGUAUUGAUGCAUUCGAUGAAAAUGCAAAACCGAAAGUGGUUGAGUUUGUCAUAAAGGAUGAACCGGACCAGAAUGCCUUGGAUUACGACCCGUUUAGCUUUCAAGAUCCCAUGGCUAGUGAUACGCUUGCCGAAGAGGUUACAGAUGUCUUCGAAGAUGUAAACGUCAAGUUGGAAAUCAGCUUAGAUGAAAUUCCGGACAAAUCAACCCCAAAAGAACAGAAACCGAAAGGAAAAGGAGGCCGUAAGGGGAAGAAACCUCCCGAAGCCAAGGACUCAAACGUCAUAGAAAUUAACGAAGACAAAGUUGAGCCAAUUGAAAAUGAAAAAGAAAAUGUUCCCAGUACUCGUGUGACUAGAAAAUCAGCUAAAAAACCAACGGCUAAAAGCGAUCAUGGGAGUGAUUCAAGUGACUACGAUUGGGCAGGCGAUGAUGACGAUGCCAAAUUUGAUAGCGAUCCCAGUAAAGCUAGUUCAGAGGACGAAAAACCUUUAAAGAAACGCAAAGCAGUCAAAAAGAAGCCAAACCCUACCGGAGAGAAGCGCAAAAUCGGGCGACCCCGAAAGAUUCGACCGGAAGGUGAAGGUAAAGAAGCAAAAGUGCCCCAGGAAUGCAAAAUUUGUGGUCGCGUUGUGACGUACAUGCGAGAACACAUGCGAAUGCACAAAAUCGAUAAGCAACACAAGUGCCCGUACUGUGAUCGGAUGUUUGUCCAGGGAAAUAAUUUAAAAUACCACAUUCGCAAACAUCUGGGAGAAAGACCGUACUCUUGCGAGUUGUGCGAUAAAACUUUUUAUUGUGCGCCGCAUUUGAAGUCACAUAUGAAAGUACACGGACCUCAAGGUUUAUAUCAGUGUGAUAGGUGUCCUAAAACCUUCAACCAGGAGUGCAAUCUCAGAAAGCAUAUUAGAGUGCAUACAGGUGAAAAGCCAUACAAAUGUACCAAGUGUGACAAGGCAUUUAAUAGUACUUCGAAUUUAAAGAACCAUCAAAGGCUACAUGCCGACGAUCGUGCGUUCACUUGUGAUCAUUGUUCCAAAAGUUUCGUCGAUAUUCUACAUUUACAGCGUCACAUACGAGUUCACACUGGAUAUCAACCAUAUAUUUGCCAUGUAUGCUGCCUGGCAUUCAACUGCCAGAACGGAAUCGUUGAACAUUUAAAAACGCAUAUUUUGGAACGAAAAGAACUCUGGUCAAAAAAUCCAAAGCACAGACCAGCAGACGUAACACUUGAAACAAAUUGCGAUUGAGUCGUCGUCACGGAAACAAAUAAUGUUCAAGGCUGAUCACGCUGUGUUUCACAAAGCCCUCACUAGGUGGUGAAAGCGAGCAAACGUCAAAUAGAAGCAAAAUCGAUGUACAUGCUUUGCGAACUACAGAGUAUUUAAACCUUGAUUUGUGCUAAUCAUUAAAAGAUGAAUAAGAAGUGAGUAUAGUGAGACGUCUGUCUCUCAAUGGCUUAGAUUGCUUAGAAUACAAAAAUGAAGUAUGCAACCUCUAA